UCUGCAGAGUUGCGAGCUCUCCCUCUCUGCGGCCAGCUCGCCCUGACAGCAGCCAACACUGGCGCAGAGUCUCCGCACAAACAUUUCAACCUUAUAUAUUUUUUUGGGGUCCAUCAUUCACAGCCGAACUUUCUACACAUCCUCUUCAGGAGAGCAGCGUUGGAGCGGCCUCGUCUAGAAUGGGGAACCGAGACGAUGAAUACGAUUUCUUGUUCAAAGUUGUGUUAAUCGGAGAUUCGGGUGUAGGGAAGAGCAACCUGCUCUCACGAUUCACGCGGAAUGAGUUCAACCUCGAGAGCAAGAGCACCAUCGGGGUGGAGUUUGCCACGCGCAGCAUUCAGGUGGACGGCAAGACGAUAAAGGCCCAGAUCUGGGAUACGGCAGGACAGGAGCGCUACAGAGCCAUCACCUCUGCGUACUACAGAGGGGCCGUGGGGGCACUCUUAGUCUAUGACAUAGCCAAACACUUGACCUAUGAGAAUGUGGAGCGCUGGCUGAAGGAGCUGAGGGACCACGCUGACAACAACAUCGUCAUCAUGCUCGUUGGCAACAAGAGCGACCUGCGCCACCUCAGGGCCGUGCCCACAGACGAGGCCCGGGCCUUCGCAGAAAAAAACAAUCUGUCAUUCAUAGAAACGUCAGCCUUGGACUCAACAAAUGUUGAAGAAGCCUUCAAGAAUAUCCUAACAGAAAUCUACCGGAUCGUGUCGCAGAAACAGAUCGCUGAGCGGUCUGCACACGAUGAGUCCCCAGGAAACAACGUGGUGGACAUCAGCGUGCCACCAACCACAGAUGGCCAGAGGGGGAGCAAACUGCAGUGCUGUCAGAACCUGUAACCCAUGGCAACAGUCUCUCCUUCCCUGGGUCGAUUAUUAAUUGAAAUCCACAGUAUCACAAUAUCACGUGAAUCUGCACUUUCUUUCUUUUUUAGAUCAGCGGAGUCAGUUAAAUUCUGUCAUGCCAUUUAAGAUGAAUCUUAAUUUGAUUUCAACUUGUAAUCUGACCCAGGUACAGUCUGCUACAUUCUAGUGCAAAAACAGGACUGAUGGUACGUAGCUUACCAGAGUUACACAUGUUAAGAGUAGCAAAAUAGCUUUGCCUGUGACCUUGUAAGCCUGGACAUCUCCCUGAUAGAUGGUUAUUGCCACAUGAUGGAGGCCUGGGUUUGAAUCCUGCUCGUUUUAGUCGUACUAGCGGUUCUGUUUUUGGACUCCCCUCCUCCUCCUCAUUCAGUCAUCAUCUCAAAAGUGGUUGUGAUGCUACUAAGCUUAUUUCAUUUUGUGUAAAAUAUUUGUAUUUUUAUUUUGAUAGCUUGUCUGCUCACAUACAUUAUAUAAAUGCCAUGAAAAUAAAUUUUACAAUAUUA